AUGGUGAAGAGCGAGCACAAGAUCCAGUUAGAGACUUCAAAACCAAUGGCAACAUCAUCCACAUCUUCACCAUCACCGUUAUCAUCAGCAUGCAAGAAGAAGAAAUACAAGGGAGUUAGAAUGAGAAGUUGGGGCUCAUGGGUGUCAGAGAUAAGGGCACCAAAUCAAAAAACAAGAAUAUGGUUAGGCUCUUAUUCAACUCCUGAAGCUGCUGCCAGAGCCUAUGAUGCUGCACUUUUAUGUCUCAAGGGCUCCUCUGCCAAUCUCAACUUUCCUAUUACUUCCUCACAUUACAUUCCUGACACUGUUAUGUCCCCCAAGUCCAUUCAAAGAGUGGCUGCAGCUGCUGCUAAUAGUUUUGUAGGCAAUCCCACUACUCCACAAGUAUCGUCACCUCCUCUUCCUAGUUCCUCAUCAUCAUCAUCGUCAAUCUCAUCACCCCCAUCAAUCGUUUCUUCACCGUCCGAUCAGCUUGAUGAUUAUAUGUCACUGAUGGAAUCUUUUGUGACCAACAACGAACCGAUUUCAAUGCUAGAUUCCUGGUACAAUUUUGAUGGCCUACAAUCACCAAAGUAUCUUGAUCAAAUGUUCAAUGGGGUCUCAUUCAAUCCGCCGAUGAUCGAUGAUUUCUACGAAGGGGAUCUUCGUCUAUGGAGCUUUCCUGAAUAG